AUCAUAUGAUUUUUGAUUGGCAAAACGCGUAUACAGAAAUCAAAAACACUUUCAAGGCCAGACUCCAAUCGAAAGCAGGAUUUUGGGGAUGGCAUGGCGGUCUUCUCCUUCCCCAAAACCGCAUCAACCUCCCUCAUCAUCCUCCUCACUUUGAUCUUCUUCUUCCUCCUUCAAUUCCCCUCAUCAAACAAUCAACAGGGUCUCCCCACCACCCAAAUCCACCGGAGGUCACUCCUCAACACCACCACCACCACCACUUGUUCACACAUUCUUCAAAUCCCACAAGAUCGCCGCUGCUCCUUUUCCACCCUCCACUGCUCCGCCCACUCCAAUGGCCUCCUCAACUACUUCUCCUUCCACUUCUGUCACUUCAAUCAAAACCCAUUUCUCUCAGUCCCCUUUCUCUCCCUCACCGUCGUCCUACAGUUCUACAUCCUCGUCAAAACCGCCCAAGAUCAGUUCUCCGUCGUCGUCACUAAACUAUCCACUCACUUGAAUCUAUCCCCGAGUAUGGGGGCAGUCACUCUUCUAGCACUCGGAAACGGCGCUCCUGAUGUGUUCGCAUCUGUCGCAGCCGUCGGUGGCGGAAACCCCCGAACUGGAUUCGGCGCGAUUUUAUCCGCCGGGACUUUCGUUUCAGCUCUCGUCGUUGGUUUCGUCGCGAUCUACGCAGCUCCCUUCGCCGUUUCCCCUGCGCCUUUCAUAAGGGACGUGUUGUUUUAUCUUACGGCGGCGUUGUUUCUGUUCUAUGUGUAUCUUAGUGCUGAGAUUUACCUAUGGCAGGCUGUUGGAUUCGUAGGGUUCUAUCUGUUUUUCGUUGGUUUUGUGUUUUGGAUGGAUUUAGGGAUGGAUAGUGGUGGGAAAUUGAAGCGUGGUGGUAGUGAAGUUCAGGAUCAUAAAGGUUCCAUGGAAAUUGACCCUGAAAAUGGAAGUAAUUCCAUGGAUUUUACCAAGAAGAAGACAACCUCUGGGAUUCGACAAGCUUUUAACAAGAUAUCAAAAACAUGGGAUGUUCCAGUGAGAGUAAUGUUAAACCUAACAAUCCCACAAUCAUCACCUUCAGAAUGGAACAGAUUCUAUCGAUCUGCCAACAUCGCACUAUGUCCUCUAGCUCUAAUGUACUCAUGCAAAUCCUUUAUCCCUCUAAAUCAUCCAAUUUCAUUUCUCUUUCCUAACAUCCAUCUCCCUCUCUGGUUAAUCCUACUCUUUGGGACCUCAUCACUAUCACUAGUCCAUUACAUAGUCGAAAAAAAGCCCCCCAAAACAGAGCAACUGCCAAUAGUUCUAAUGGGAUUCAUCAUGAGUGUGUGUUGGAUCUCCACAAUGGCCGGAGAGCUUCUCAACUGUCUGGCGGCAUUAGGGUCACUCCUGGAGGUGCCGCACUCUCUGCUAGGGUUGACUGUGUUGGCAUGGGGGAACUCAGUAGGGGAUCUAGUGACGGAUGUUGCUGUGGCAAAAGCAGGGCAACCUGCCAUGGCUAUGGCUGGAUGCUUUGCUGGACCGAUGUUUAAUAUGCUUUUUGGGCUUGGAAGUGCUUUGGUUAUACAGACGUUUAAUGUUUAUCCAGAGGCUUAUGAGCUUGAAUUUCAUGUUAGUAUUGUGGUGGCGUUUGUGUUCUUGGUUUUGAGCCUUAUGGGGUCGUUGUUGGUUGUGACAUGGUGUAGAUUUCAGGUUCCAAGGUUUUGGGGAUUCUGUCUUGUUGGGUUAUAUGUGUUCUUUAUAACAUUAAGUCUACUCAUUGCAAAGUUACAAUUCUAAUCAAUGUAUUGUUGUAUUACAGUUUACACAGCAAAGCAUUUCAGUUAUAAUAAGAUUCUUUUAAAAAAAAAUUAAGUGAGAGGCUGUAAAGGAUAUUUUAUGGAAUCAAAACUGUUUUUUUCAGCUUUAA